CAGUCUGUGGACUGAUGGGGUGGUGGAGGGUCUGCAUCACUAAGAGGUUUAAUCGUCUCUAGUAUCUGUCAUCGCAAAGGACUGUUUUAUUUUUGUAAUAAUGAUGAUGAAGAAGAUGGUGAUGUUUGUAAGUUUGCUGGCGUUGUGCGGGUCAGCGGGCGGCACGAGGAACUGUGGGGAGUCACGGCGGGUGUAUGGAGAGAAACACACGCUGAACACAGCCCCACACACACACAUCAACGGAGAACAUCUGCGCGUCUGCUCCCGGGACUACACCUGCUGCUCCAGUCUGAUGGAGGACACACUGACACAUCAGAGCCAAGCUGAGUUUCUGUCUGCGCUCCAGGACACCAGUCAGUUCCUGCUCAUCACCUUCACACAGAGACAUCGCAGGUUUGACGAGUUUUUCCGGGAGCUGAUGGAUGUGGCAGAAAAAUCCAUGAAUCAGAUGUUCACGCAGACGUACGGGCAUCUGUACGCUCAGAACGCUCACAUGUUCCGUCAGCUGUUCUCAGACCUGCGCGGCUACUACACAGGAGGUAGAGUGAGUCUGUCGGAGGUUCUGGCUGAUUUCUGGGCCGGUCUGGUGGAGCGUGUGUUUACUCUGGUGAACCCUCAGUAUGAGUUCAGUGAAGAUUAUCUGGAGUGUGUCAGCAAACACGCCGAACAACUGAGACCGUUUGGAGAUUUACCACAUAAACUGAGAAUACAGGUGUCUCGAGCGUUAACUGCGGCGCGGGCGUUAGUUCAGGGUUUAGCGGCGGGCAGAGACAUCGUGAGUAAAGCAUCAAAGUUGACUGUAGGGAGCGAGUGUGUGAGGGCUUUGACGCGUCAGUGGUAUUGUCCGCUGUGUCGUGGAGUUCCCGCCCUCAAGCCCUGUCAUUCGCUGUGUCUCAACGUCAUGAAGGGUUGUCUGGCCAAUCAGGCUGAUUUAGACUCUGAGUGGAACAGUUUCAUGGACGCUCUAAUGACGCUGCUGGAGAAGAUCAGUGGACCGUUUCAUUUUGAGCUGGCAGCAGAUUCAAUCGCUGUGAAGGUGUCUGAGGCCAUCAUGUACAUGCAGGAGAACAGUGUUACUAUUUCUACAAAGGUUUUUCAGGGCUGUGGGAACCCUCGACCGACCCUCGGCAGAACCAAACGUUCUCUCAGAGAGCGCGAGAGAGCGUUCAGAACCUACAGACCUGAAGAGAAACCCACCACUGCUGCAGGAACCAAUCUGGACAGACUCGUGGAGGCCUUACAGGAGCGUCUGCGGCCCAUGAGAGGAUUCUGGGUAUCUCUGCCUCACACCAUCUGUAACGAUGACAAGAUGUCAGCUGAUGUGACCAAUGAGGAUCGCUGCUGGAACGGACAGACACGCGGCAGAUACCUCAUGUCGGUUAUGGGUGAUGGUUUAGUCAAUCAGAUUAACAAUCCAGAGGUGGAGGUCGAUGUCGCUCAACCCAACAUCAAAACCCGUCAGUUGAUCAUGGAGCUGCGAGUGGCCACAAACAGACUGAGACACGCUCACAGCGGACGGGACGCUGACUUCAUAGACAUUGAGGCCGAGGGUUCCGGUGGUUCUGGAGUCGGUGCUGAAGCGGGCGACAGGUUCAGUGAGGAUUGGCCGGGUCACGUCUCUCCGCCUCGCAACACUGUGCCCAUUGACAAACCGCCCCGCCCACGAGACAGAGCCCGCCCCCGGGACACGCCCACCAACAGAAGGAACAGGGUGAAUGGACGAGCCCGCUCUGAUAGUUGCCGUGUCUCUCCUGCUCUCCUCCUCUCUCUCUCUCUGUGUCUUUUCCUCAGUUUGUCUCAGUCUCUCGGCCGUUAUUAAAGCGAACGAGUGAAACCUCAAACCAGCGACUGAACCGCUGCACUGUGUCUGCCGCCUCAAGUGAACUUCUUCUUUACAAAGAUUUCUACAUUUGUAAUGGAAACACUUUUGUUUAUUUGAAAUACUGCUGUGCAGAUCGAGACGCCUUUCUGUAUUUUUUCACUUUUGAUUAGUGCGAUCGGAUGAUGUGAUGUACGUAAUCUUUCAUCACUAUUCACUGAUCUCAUGUGACUCUGUGCACUGUAUAUAUUUGUGUGAGGAACGUGUUUUAUUCGUCUAUUUAUUUAUUCUAUAUUUAUAUGUGAUGUCGUGAGAACACGUUUGAUUGUUUUGCCGUAUGUACAAUCUUAAUGUGUAGAAUGUUUGGGGCAACUGGAUUUGGGUUUUCAACGAAAUCUUCACUCAUCAAAAUUCGCUCUUGAAAUAAUCAUGUGAAGAACAACAGACCGAC